AUGGACGCAGCUUAUGUGAAGUUUAUGAUGUGCCAGUGCCUUAUAAACAGGGCGGAUUGGGGCUUGGCCAUCGGUUGCAUGAAUGUCGUCUACUCCUUUUUCCUCUUCCAAUUCUGGAUGGUGGAGCUCAUCAAGUCCGCCGGCAAUUAUCCCGUCAAGUGGGUCCUGUUGUACGGUUUCAACGUCAUGUUCAAUGUGAUCACCAUGAUGAGAAUAGUGAAAAGGGAGAGUGCUGCGGUCUUCUACUGGAUGUGCGAGACAGGUGCCCUUUUAAUAUUCCGCCUGCACCACAUCUAUUUCCAUGAAGAUGAGUUUUGGUUGGUCAAAAGCGAGUUGUACAAGGUGUCCAACAUUAUAAUCGAUGUUUACAUUGGUCUUUCGAUGUUGGCCAUGAUCUAUGUAAUGUGUGGCCUGCGUUUUGAGCCAGAUAGAUCGUUUCCCGAAGGCGAAAUGGUGAAUGAUUGCAAAUUCGAUCCAGAGGCAGUCAAAAAAGCUGUCCAGACGGAUGGGGAAAAUGUUUUUGAGAAGAGUGAAGGUCAUCACAUAGAAAACGUUCUUGGAAUGGAGGAACUUAAUCGCAAAGCCAUGCCAAAACUAGCUGAUCUCGAGGAUAAGACAACUCCCCGCUUUGAAGCCACUGCCCCCGUAGAGGAAAGUCUUCCUUCCGGAAUUUUCUCUAUCCACGAGAUCCCCGAACCUUCAGCUCCACCAGAGAGUAAGCUCUCCCUCGACGAGGAUUUCUUCAACGAGAUCAAUGAUAUAUCACCCAAUGAAUAG